AUGCCGGAGCCAGUCAAAUACAGCCUUCACUCUGCCUUUGAAGCUACAGCUGAAGAAUUGCCAGAGAAUCCUGCUCUCCAGUUUCUGAAUACAAAAAUAAGUUAUCGUGAGCUGAAUAAUAUGGCCAAUGGACUGGCAAUGCGGCUCCUUGAGCAAAAACUGCAGCAACCAUACAUACCGAUCUGCUUUGAAAAAUCCAUCGAGAUGGUAGUCGCUGCAAUCGCAAUUCUGAAAGCAAACAAAGGCUUUAUCCCGAUUGACCACCGACUUCCAAAGAACCAAAUUGAUCAAGUGUUAGACAUGACGGCGUCUUCCUUGGUUCUGGUCUCGCCAAGCUGCAGUGCAAUUUUUGAUCGUUCGAGGCGGACGUAUACGGUCACUAGACAAGCCCUAUUUGCAAUGGACGACAAUAUCAUGCGUCCUCUAGACCUGGAAACCUCUCAUACACAGCCGGCCUAUGUUUUGUUCACAUCCGGCAGUACUGGUACCCCAAAGGGAGUGGUGGUUGAACAUCAAAACAUAACAACGGCUCUUGUUCAUCUGGGGCAGAAAAUUCAUCUGAAUACUGGUACCAGGAUGUUUCAGUAUACGUCGUAUACGUUCGAUCCCUCUAUCUUGGAGAUAUUCGGAACUCUUCUCUAUGGUGGCUGUGUCUGCAUUCCCUCGGAGGACGAAAGAAUGAAUGACAUUGGCCAGGCGGUUUCCCGGAUGGACGUCAACACUGCCGUCUUUGUGCCCAGUGUUUUGAAGACUUUGCAUCCGGAAGACAUUCCGAGCGUCAAGAAAAUCAUCAUAGGAGGAGAGGAGUUGCCCUCUCACCUGGUCAAGUCCUGGAAGAAUCGGACCCUGAUUAAUGCAUAUGGUCCGACCGAGACUUGCAUCGCCUCUGUCAUCAAUUUACAAGUGACUGACGCCCCAUUUGGGAAUAACAUCGGUCGACCCGUCGCCUGUCGAACUUGGAUUGUCAACCCACAAGAUCCCUCUCUUCUACUCGCUAUUGGAUGCGUUGGCGAAUUAUUGAUCGAGGGUCCAACUGUUUCCCGUGGCUAUCUUGACGCGGCAAAGAACACUGAAGGAGCUUUCAAAUCUCCCUUGUCGAAGCUGCCAUUUGCAGAUAGUGGCCAGAAGGUUUACCGGACUGGCGAUUUAGUUCGUUAUCUUCCCGAUGGUCAGCUGCAAUAUAUCGGCCGAACGAAUCAACAAGUCAAGUAUCACGGGCAGUGGCUCGAGCUUGGAGCCAUUCAAACCGUGCUCCAUGACUGCGGAGCAAUCAAGGACUGUGUUGCUCUGGUCACUGAAAUCCAAAGCUCUACAUAUCUGGUGGCGUUUGUGGUCCUCUUGUCUAUUCGGAAACACCAAUUCUGUGAGCUUGUCGACGUAAAUCUCGACGUGAAAGCUCAUCUUGUUUCGAUCUGGGAAAGGCUAUACGAAAAUCUGGCCCUGUCCAUGAUGCCGAAAUUCGUUAUUCCAGUAACCACUCUUCCUCGGCAGACCACCGGAAAGAUUGAUGUUGCAUGCCUGUUGAGACUCCUGGAGACCACGGAUUGUGAUCAGUACUUGUCCCGCUCUGCUGAGCUCGGAGAUAAUCAUCCGCAGCCCACAAAGCAUGAGAUAAUUAUGCGAAAGCUAUGGGGAACUGUCCUUGGUCGGGACGACACGCGCAUCAAGACUAUCGACAACUUCCUGCAUCUCGGUGGUAAUUCUAUCAGAGCCAUGGAGCUGGUAGGCGCUGCGCGUCGAGCUGGGCUACACUUGAAUGUGCAAACAGUCCUUCGCCAUCCGAUACUGCGAGAUAUGGUAGUCACCCAGGUGUCACUCGUGAAUGAUGAAAAAGUUUCAUACACGGCGCCGAGUUCAACAGUUGUUGAUAAUCCUCUACUUGAAAAUUCAUCCUUUGCUUGCAACGCUAUAAAAUCUUACGAAGCGACGCCUCUCCAGGCACUUUGUCUGACAAUGGGGCACUUAUUCCCCGAAGGGAAUUACACCUGUCUUAUCUACCAAGCCGAUGGGACAAUUAACUUGGCGCAGCUUGAGAAGGCAUGCAAACUUCUGGUUGAAAGAAACGAGAUCUUGAGGACAACAUUUUCUGUGUCUACAGACCCACAGAGGAUAUCAGGAAUUCCUGACAAUACAACUCAUCCUCAAAUUGUCUACUUUGAUGCACUAUCGAGCGCAGAGGCGCAUUGGAAAAUCUUCAAACCAAGCUACCUUGGCGAGAACAUGGUCGAGUUUUGUUUUGUUGUUUCCGAGGACCGGGUGAGUCAUUUCUCAUUUGGACUUCAUCACAGCCAGUUCGAUGCGUGGUCCAUGAGGCUUCUCUUGCAGCAGCUGUGUGACCUAUACAACGGCGGGCUUCCCGAUCCUGGGCCACCAUUUUCUGAAUUUGCACGGCUUUCAUCACUGGCGUCGAGUGGGGAUAUCUUUGAGUCCUUCUGGAGAGGCAAACUGGAUGGAUCAACACCUACAAUAAUUGGCUCGGGGUCUCCCAUAUCUGACAAGCCAGAUGGCUGGUGUCGGGAAACUAUUGAUACCUCCUUGCUGUGUGGUGAAUACACAUUUGCGGUGAUCUUGUACGCAUCAUGGGCUCUGAGUCUGCAUAGACUCAGCGGAGACCCUGAAGCUGUGUUCUUCAGUCUCGUCAGUGGAAGGAACUUAGCCUUUGAUGGCUCUGCAGAUGUCGUUGGACCUUGCCUCAACGUGAUUCCAACUCGGAUAAAUUUGGAGAUGUGUGCGACAUACAAAGAUAUCCUCAAGGCUACACAGACUUGGAUGCUGGACUGCAUUCCAUUUGAAAAUGUACCCAUGAGUGAGAUCAUCACUCGCUGCACUCCGUGGGACCCAACUGCAAUUAUCGGAAGCAUGAUUCAGCACUUGGAUAUUAACAUUGAAUCAGAACAAAGUGAAAGGCGAAUCGGGCAGUGGCGAAUGUUGAGAGCAGAACGGCAGUUUGGGCAAUGUAGGGGCGUUGAUGUCUAUCUUACCUCCAAGUCCCAGCCAAAUGGUUCUGUGGAGCUUGACAUGAAGUACAACGCGUCUCGCAUCAAGCAAGAGGUUGCGGACAUUUUGUUCGGAAGUUUGGUCACCACCAUUAACCAAAUCUUGACCAACCCAGACCAAAGUUCAAGAAUUUGA